AUGAAUACUGAUGAUAUGACUGUUCCUGAAACGUCUAUAGCUACAAUCGAAGACAGCAUUAUUGUCUCAAAACCGUUUGAAGCCAGUGAAGCUAAUAAUAGUGACAUUAUCGCCACUGAAGUUAUUAAUAGCCAAAUAAAGGCAUCACCAUCCGAAUCAUCCUUGUCGUCGAUAAACAGUGAUAGUUCGACUGGAAAGUUGAUAAAAAGCUUGUCUGUGGAUAAAUUGAAUAACCAAGAGAAUGAAGUUCCGAAGGAGCAAACGCAUACGUUGCGUCUCCCCAAAAACUCGAAUAAAAAGCCUAUCAAAUUUACGGUCCGUAAGGUAUCACACGAGCCUAUAAAAAUCAGUAACAAGACCAAUGAAAGACAAUUUAGUCAAGGUAAGAAGCAAGUAGUGGAAUCUCAUAAAGCAUACGAGCAAAUUAAGGCAACACAGUUAAAAUAUGAUCAAUAUGUCACUCGCAUAGGCAAAAUCGAUAAAGAAAUAGAUUUUUUGGUGAAGUUAUUGCCUCCUUAUAACGUUGAAAUUGAUUAUGCAACCAGAACAAAGAUAACAAAGGCUAUUGAGAAGUUGAAGAUGAAGCAAGAUGAGUUGGAUAAGAAGAAGUACAGUUUAGGCAUCACCAUCAGCAGAUUAUGGAGGGAUAAUAGUGACAGUGAUAUAUGGGUUAGGUCAGUAAGUAACCAAUAA